UCUUUUAUCAUUCGCCCGAAGAAGUCCCAUGGGUACUCAUGGCCCAAGCAGCAAGAGCGACAAGGAAAGACCGUCGUCCUCCUCCAAAUCUGGACGGCGGAGCAGAAGAUCUGACGACUCCGAAUUCGACGAUUACUCCGACUCGGACAGGUCGGACAGCCGCGACUCGUCGCCGGUCAGGAGCAAGCGCCGAGACAGAGACAGUCGCAGCAAGAGCAGCCGCCGGAGCCGGCGCCGUGGGAGGGACUCCGAUGAAUCCUCCGGAAGCAGCGACGACAGCGAUGACCGUGGACGCAAGAAGAAGAGGUCGUCGAGGGAGAUUACGGAAGAGGAAAUUGCCGAGUACAUGUCUAAGAAAGCGCAGAAAAAGGCACUGCGAGUUGCGAAGAAGUUGAAGGCUCCGACGGUUUCUGGCUAUUCAAAUGAUUCGAAUCCCUUCGGUGAUUCUAAUCUCAACGAGAAAUUUGUGUGGCGGAAGAAGAUCGAGCGUGACAUUACUCAUGGAGCUUCUCUUGACAUGUUUUCAGUUAAAGCUGAGAAAAAAAAACAGAAAGAAAGGAUGGCAGAGAUAGAAAAGGUUAAAAAGAGAAGAGAAGAAAGGGCACUUGAAAAGGCACGGCAUGAGGAAGAAAUGGCAUUGUUAGCCAGAGAACGUGCUCGGGCUGAAUACCAGGACUGGGAGAAGAAAGAAGAAGAGUUUCAUUUUGAUCAAAGCAAAGUCAGGUCUGAGAUUAGAUUGCGUGAAGGACGUGUAAAGCCUAUUGAUAUAUUGUCCAAGCACCUCAACGGCUCAGAUGAUUUUGAUAUAGAUAUAAAUGAGCCUUAUCUGGUUUUCAAGGGAUUGACAGUAAAAGAAAUGGAAGAGCUCCGCGAUGAUAUCAAAAUGCAUCUGGAUUUGGACAGGGCAACAUUAACACAUAUAGAGUAUUGGGAGGCGCUUCUGGUUGUUUGUGAUUGGGAGCUAGCAGAAGCUAGGAAGAAAGAUGCAUUGGAUCGAGCUAGGGUGCGUGGGGAGGAGCCUCCUGCUGAGUUGCUUGCAGAAGAAAGGGGCCUGCACUCUAGCAUUGAAACUGAUGUGAGGAACCUCUUAGAAGGAAAGAGUUAUGGCGAAUUGGAGGCACUGCAAUCUCAGAUCGAGUCACAGAUGCGUUCUGGCUCAGCUAAAGUGGUUGAGUACUGGGAGGCUAUCCUGAAACGCCUUCACAUAUACAAGGCCAAGGCUUCUUUGAAGGAAAUCCACGCGAAAAUGUUGCGCCAGUACUUGCAUCGCCUUGAGCAACCAGUGGAUGGUGAAGAAAGAUUGGAGACUGCUCAUGAUUUAAAAUAUGAAGAGGAGAGAGAGAGUGAACAUGAUGUUGAAGAUUCUCGGCCAUAUUCUCCAGAGCCCGUGAAGGAAGCAGAAAUUUGUGAGGCUGAAGAAGAGGGUGAAGAAGAGGCUGGAUCGUUUUCGCCAGAACUAUUGCAUGGUGAUGAAAACGAGGAAGCAAUUGACCCUGAAGAGGACAGGGCUAUUUUGGAACGGAAGCGUAUUGCUGUCUUAGAAGAGCAGCAAAGAAGGUAUCAAGAAGCCAUGGCAUCAAAGUCAGCUCCACCAGUAGACAACUUCGAGACGAAGGCCAUGAAAGCCAUGGGAACCAUGGAGGAAGGGGAUGCAGUCUUCGGCUCGGGUGCUGAAGUGAACCUGGAUUCACAGGUGUACUGGUGGCACGAUAAGUACCGACCGAGAAAGCCGAAAUAUUUCAACCGGGUUCAUACCGGCUACGAGUGGAAUAAAUACAACCAGACUCACUAUGAUCACGAUAACCCACCUCCGAAGAUUGUACAAGGAUACAAGUUCAACAUCUUCUAUCCAGACCUUGUUGACAAGACAAAGGCUCCAAAUUUCACUAUUGAGAAGGAUGGGAAUAGUAGUGAGACAUGCAUUAUACGUUUCCAUGCAGGGCCACCUUAUGAGGACAUUGCUUUCCGGAUUGUGAACAAGGAAUGGGAAUACUCUCACAAGAAGGGAUUCAAAUGCACAUUUGAGCGUGGAAUUCUGCAUGUUUACUUCAACUUUAAACGUUACCGCUACCGAAGGUGAAAUGAGGUAUGUUACGUUUAUGUGGGGACACCUGUGAAAUAUUGGUUAGUGAAGUUCAUCGAGUUGGUAGACAAGUCCUGAACUUCUGUUUUUUUGCAAUAGAAUUUUGUGAAUAAUACUUGAUUUUUGGCUAAUUGUGCUUGAGGGCUGAGUCUAAUUAUGUAACAGAUGUAACUUUAUUACUAUUACGAUUUUGCAUUGGCUCUUUCAA